AUGGAAUCUGAGGAAGGCGGUGACGGUGUGAAUUAUAGUGGGAAUUUUGUCACCGAUACGUUUUUUCCUACAUUUGACGAUGUUGUUACAUGGGCUAAUUGUGUUUCCAUAAAAUUGGGAUUUAUAUUGGUGAAAUCGUCUUAUAACAAAACCAGAGAUGGUCGGCCGUAUCGGUAUUUGCGAUGUGAUCGGUCACGAAGGAGCAAGCCGAGAGAUUUGGAGAACGCGAUACGGAAGGACACCAAAACCAAAGCUAAUGGUUGUCCAUUCUACAUCAAGAUAUAUUAUGAUGUCAGCACCGAAAGUUGGAAGAUCAUUGCGAAAAAUGAUCACACCGGGACACAUAACCACCCAAUGAUUGUGUACCCAGAGGGUCACCGUAAAGUGAGCGGAUUGAGUCCGGGUGCAAAACAGGUUGUGCGGGACAUGACAAAGUCCAAGGUUGCUCCCCGUAACAUCAUGUCCACUAUUGCCGAGAAAUUUCCUGAUGAUCAUCCAAACAUCCGACACAUUUACAAUUGCCGAAAUGACUUCAGGAUGGAGAUGUCCGAAGGAAGAGGAGUUGUUCAGCAAUUUCUUCAUCUGGCGAGAGAGAGUAAAUACAUUUACUGGUUCACGAACGAUGAUCACAACGUUUUGCAACAUGCAUUUAUGGUGCACCCGAUCAUGGCAACAUACUCCGCACAUACCCACAUGUCAUAG